AUGAGACGUGGCGUGGCGUGGCUUGGCGAGGCGAGCAAGGAGGAGGAGCGCGCAUGUGCAGCUGUGCUGCUUCGUCGUCCCGAGCGCACACGCUUCUGCGUCGUCCGAUCUGGAUCGCGUGCGCAGGUGUGUCGCGGUUGGCUCACUUUUUUUUUCAGGUGUCGUCCGGUCGGCCCGGCCCGUAAUACACCCGCAACAACUAGUCCACGUUCCCUCAUCACCCACGUCGCACGCUACCAUUCCCGCUUUCCACCGCCUCCCCACUCUCACGGAAACCGCCGUUCCUCUCUCCCCGUUCUCAAUAUCUGGCGACGAAUCCAGCGAUUCCGCACUAUUCGUUCUGCGUUUUCUCUCUUCCACCCGUCGAUUCCACUUGUUGGGGAGCAUUUCCGCGCGAGGGGCGGAGCAGUUGUUGCGGCGGCGACGUCCAAGGUUGCGGCGGCGUCAGCGGUCGGGAUCUCCAGGCGAGCGGUUGUGAAGCAGGAGGGCGUAGGCAGGAGAGGGGAUGCUGUGAUUUGUGGAGGAAGAGCAAAUCGACUGCAAAACGCCGCGAAAAAUGGCUGGGAGCAGUGCAGCACAACAACCAUACUAGUUGCUCAUGGAUCUGGGAAAAACGAGGGAGAACACUGGGAGGUAGAAGGUGCAAUUAGAUUUGGACAAACAAGGGUCCUUUCGAUUUUGGAGGAGGAGGAGGAGAAGAAGAAGAAGAAGAAGAAGAAGAAGGGCGUGGAGGUGGGGUAGGUGAGGAGAGGGAAAGGUUGGGUCUAGGGGUACGUCAGGGGAGCCACACCUCCCAUUUGAGGACGGGCGUUGAUCAAGUGUGUGAUGGGGGAGCUGAAGGAAAGCGUGGGCGCGGGAGGAAAGCGUGGGCCUUCCUACUUUCCAAAUCUGGAUCAGGGGGACAAAAGCCUACCUAAAUAAGGGAGGCUGCCAGGGGGCGCCCGGCGCAGAUUCUCUAACUUGCUUAUAGCAAGUCAGAGGCAGCCUUGAGGCAGCUGGAUGCCGUUUCUUUUCCAUCGUGUGUCCCCUGCUCUGUUUCAUGUUUCCUUCCCUCACACAACACAGUUCAGCCAGGCCAGCCCACAUAAGCGACAAGGAAGGCCCAUUCGGGAGCAAACAGCCUAGCUGCAGCGACAAGUGCAUCUAUGGACAGUUAAUUGAAUGUAAACAGCAGAAUAGAACAGAACAUAUUCAGACUGGAUAGAAACCUGUAAAAAUACUCCGUUUUCAACCAGAAUUCAACCAAAAUCAA